CACUCGCAAUUCACAUAGCAGGGUAUUGUCUAUAUUUCGUUGUCCCUCUUUCUUUUUAUUGUAUUGCGUACAUAUCUGGAUUUCAUUCUUUUCGGUUGGGCCUCUCCGCAAGUAAUGCAAUCGAGCGAAUCCUCGAAGACUGAGCAGGCAAUUUCCACAUCCAUAGAAGUUGAGAAUGGGACUCGUCCGCAAGAUGGUUCCUCUCAAAAUGUACAACAAGGCAGUCAUGAGAUGAGCACGAGUAUAGAAAGAGGCAGAGAUCAACAAUAUGCCUCGCAAUGGCAUAGACGAAGGAAGAGGAUACUCGACAGACUUCCUAUACCGGUGCAACGCUACUCACGCAAGAUAGUGGCCUGGAUCAAGGGGCCGCAGCCUCCGAGGAUACACAGGAUCUCGCCCUUUCUUGAGAAGGUCCAGGGGCGUCCAUUUCGGUUGCUUUUACGGUUCCCCAAGAGCGUGCGGGUAGGCCUUGUGAUGUUGCUGUUCGUCGUAUGGGUGGUUCUCUUCGGAGUCAUCUUGUCCAAGUUCAGUCUACCGGCAGAUAUUGCUGGGUACGGUCCUCCUGUGAAAUUGGCGUGUACUACCCGACCAUGGUUCGGCGCCCAAAGUUGCGGUCUGGAUGGAAGAAACUGCCUCCCCUUCUCCAACACCAGCUUCGCAUUCGCCUGCCCUGCAGACUGCGCCGGCGCCCAAGUCCUCAACCCUUACACCAUCGGCGACCAGCAAAUCAUGUACCGUCCACUCGUCAUAGGCGGCACGCCAGACCCCUCGCUCGACAACCUCCCCGUCUACCGAGGUGACUCCUUCAUCUGCAGCGCAGCCAUCCACGCCGGGAUCCUCGAGAACUCGCGCGGCGGUUGCGGCGUCGUCUCCCUGGUCGGCACGAGAUCGUCCUUUGGCUCCAUCCAGCGAAACGGAAUCACCAGCCUGGCCUUCAACUCCACCUUCCCCCUUUCCUACACCUUCCCUACCUCCCCUGCCAUCCUCUCCUCCUCGGCCCAAUGCCGCGAUCCCCGGUGGAACCUGUUGAUCCUCUCCACCAUCAUCUCAACACUCAUCUCCCUCGUCUCAACCCACCCCCUAACCUUCUUCCCCCCGAUCUUCACCAUCCUCUUCUUCCAAACCGCACUCGCCUCAGACCCAGCACCCACCCCGGACCUCCCCUCCCUCGCCUCCUCCGCCCUAUCUACCUUCCUCCCCGCCACCCUCAUCAUGGCCUUCCUCUACAAAACCACCCUCCACCGCACCCUCUCCCAUCUUUCCCCCCUGGCAAACCUCGAAAAAACCCUCCUCUGGCUCGCCCCCGCCUGGCUCGCCGCCCUCUCCAACUCGACCCUCUCGCGCAUCCCCCUCCAGCGCCUCACACCGCACGACAUCCGCCAACAGCCCGGCGCCGUCGUCGCUCUCGUCCUCAUCGUGCUCGUCAUCGCCGCCGCAGCCGUGUGGCAGGCUUGGUGUCUACAACUCGAGGGCCGCUUACCCGGGUUCUUAGCCCUGUAUGCCGCCAUAGGGAUAGGGUUGGGCAUUCUGGCCGCGAUCCCCGGGGGGUUGGAACUUAGGAUCCAUCAUUAUAUCCUCGCGCUGCUGCUGCUCCCCGGCACAGGCCUGCAGACGAGGGCGAGUCUGGUCUGGCAGGGUUUGCUGGUCGGCUUGUUCGUGAAUGGCGUGGGGAGGUGGGGGUUUGCGUCCAUUCUGCAGACAAGUCGGGAGCUAAAGGGGGAUGCGUUGAUGGGCGUGGGGAGUCCCAUGCCGGAGAUUGUUGACGUCGUGGUGAGUGCGGGUGGUGGGGAGGCGAUUCGGUUUGUCUGGGCGGCGGUGGAGAAUGGGUUCGAUGGCGUGAGUGUGCUUGUGAAUGAUGUCGAGAGGUUUAGGAGCGGUGUUGGCGCUGAUGUCUCAGCUUCUCCUUCGAACGGAGCCUUUGACGGCUCCUCCACCUUUCCAGCAGGCAAUACCACGCUUCUAAAUAGUAGCACCAGCGACGCAGACAGAUCUUUCACUUACCACCGUCGACAGGAACCCUCUUCUUCUUCGGACGUGCCAACCUACUUCCGCUUCGGCUUCGUCAAGACCCUGCCCUUUGGCAACGUCGUCUACUCGGAUUUCACGGCCCCCGGGGUUUGGUGGCCGAAUGGGACGUGGGGUGGGAUUCCACAGGGGAGGAGUUAACCGGCAGUAUGCAUGGAUAGAUAGAUAGAUUCGUCUUGAUUGUGAUUGUGAUUGUGGAGGGUGGACUCGAUCGACUACCAGUAGAGUAGUUAUUAUGUAUACACCCAG